AAAGACAGUCUUCAAAUAUGGAUGUUGCUGCAAAGAAGCUACAAAUUCUAAAACAUGGAUGCUUCACACACAUCUUCAACCAGGCAGCGGAGAAGAUCUCCACAAUCUCCAGAGUUUCAAGGCUCUCUGCAGGAUUUUGGAGCCUGGCUGCAGGAAUUUGCCCCCAUUCAGCCUCAAGAGCAUCCGUGAGGUCCAACACUGAUGUUUGGCAACAAGGCUUGGAUUCUGAGUGUCCGAAAAGGCAGUGACGAGGUCCAGUUGAGCGGGGGCGCGCCUUGGGGGUUCACGCUGAAAGGAGGGCUCGAGCACGGCGAGCCACUCAUCAUCACCAAAAUCGAGGAUGGAGGGAAGGCCGCCCUGUGCAAGAAGCUAAAAGUCGGCGACGAGCUCAUUAACAUAAAUGGGUCCGCCCUCUACGGCAGCAGACAGGAAGCCCUAAUCCUCAUCAAGGGAUCGUACCGGAUACUGAAGCUCGCAGUCAGGAGACGCAGCGUUCCUCUCAUCAGGCCUCACUCCUGGCACCUGGCAAAGCUAUCGGAGCUGCCUCUCCCUCCCCCUCCUCCCCCUCCAUCUCCUCCUCCUGCGCCCUGCCUCCCCACUGCAGACUCCCCUCCUCUCCCCCCUCCUCCCCCUCUGUCUGCCAUGCAGCUCCACCCCGGCCCGUACACACUACCCUGGCACACAACUGACAACAGUGACUUGUCCUUGCAGUGGGGUCAACUGUCCAGACCUUACUCCUCCACAGACCGAAGCAGUUCCCUGGGCUCCAUGGAGAGCUUGGACACACCAACACCCACCACGCAGCCUUAUUCGGACUCCCAUAAUUCACCCGUCGACCCCACCCUCUUCAACAACAAGAGAGACUCUGCCUACAGCUCAUUCUCUGCCAGCUCAAACACAUCCGACUACGCGACGGUGCCACUAAGGCCCGGUGAAGCCUGCUCCAUGGAUAACCUCCUCCAAAGCCUGGGGCCAGCGUGUCGAGGCUACCCUGGUGGUGAUACCUCGACCCUGGGGAGCUCAUCUGGCGAUGCCCCUGAUGAGGCACAGCUUAUUGUUGUCAAAUCCAGGUCGCUGACCAGGCCAAAACCGAGACCUGUUGAGGUAAAAGAAAGGCCUUCCUCUUGCUGUUAUGAAGAGGAGCGGAGGGGAGGAGACUUUCAGAUCACAAGAAAUGGAGAAAGAGGAACUGAGAGAAAGAAUCCUCCUCAGCCUCCAACCAGGAAGGACAGUUUUAGGGCAACCCGGAGUCGCCCUGAUGCUGCCAACAAACGUUGCGUCUCCGCUCCAAUUGAGAUUUCCAGUGCUUCUUUUUACCAUGAUGAAAACAAGUCCUCUCUGAAUGUUGAAUCGGGAAUUCAUAAUGGCUUCCCUGCUCCAGAAGAAGGUGACAAAACUGGGAAUUUCAAAGAGGAUACCUUAGACUCGCACUAUAUCCAAAGACAGACUGAGGACAUCAGACAUAUGAGAUGUGAUGCUAGUGCUAAUAAAGACUGCAAUUCAGACACCACUUCAGAUCACCUCUCUGAUCAAGUGACGGACUCCGUAGUCCCUAUCACCUCCUCUCAUCCUGGCUCUUUACCUGCAGAACCCCCCAUGGAGGUUCAAAAGCAGUCUAAUAUAAUGCACUCCAAGACUAAGCACACCUCUACGUCGCUGCACCGGCACAGCGCCCCCGAGAAGCUCCUCGCUACACAGCUUCAGUUAUUGCAGUUUAACAGUGACAGCUCUUCAUUGGAGCCUCACAGUCUGUCUCCUGACCCCUCCUCGUCCCCUUGUAGCAGCCAGUGGUCCCAUUCAUCACUCCAGCCCACAAAGGAGGACCAAGAAGCUUCUCCCAACCACCUCAACGCUACAUCAAACAAAUGGGGAGGCAGCCGUUGCUCCACUCCAGGAUCUGUGUUCUUGGAUGGAGAUGAUGAUGAUGGAGAUUCAGGUGAGAGGCUGGAAGGGAUGGCUGUAAAUGGCAAGGCCCUUCCGCAAAUCGAGCAUCAUAUUCCUUGGGGUCGCUCUGCGAGUGUACCAGGGGAUCCCACUGGAUCGUCAAACCAGGGAAGGCUGAGCUCUGAUCAGAUACUGGAGAGAGAUUUUGAGCCUCUUAGUGCUGCUGCCAGUGUGGACACCUUACUGGAGGAGCAGAAAGCAGUGGAUAGAGGAAGAAGUGGAGUUAAAAAGGAGGAGGGUGUAGCAGGAGAGACAGACAUGAAGAAGUCAAAUGCGUCCAGGAACCAUCGUCGAAAUCGCCGUCGUAACGAGCGAUUUGCCACCAACCUCCGCAAUGAGAUCCAGAGGAAAAAGGCCCAGCUUCAAAGGAGCCGGGGCCCAGGAGGGUUGCUCUGUAGUGGGGAAACUGUCAAGGAGGAAGAGGGUCCAGACCUCAAUGAGGAGCCAGACCUGUCUGCCCAGGAAAGAAGUACCAAAGUUGCAUUUGCCUCUUCUGUUAGCCCCCAAGAUACCAGCACCACAGCACCAGUCGAGAAAUCAAGCACCUCAGUUGAAUCAAACCAUGAUGUCUCGCAAACACAGUCAACAACCUACACUCAAAACAACAACAUAUCCAGGUCUGUGCAGAUUCUGGACCCGGGAGUGCCCAGUUUUGGUGUAGGCAUCCGAGUGGUGGAGGAACCAGCUCCUGCUGGCAAGGCCCGCCGCUGGCGUUGGACCCCUGAGCAUAAACUGCAACCAGAGCCAGACCGACGGUGUGGAGUGUUGACUGAGAAGGUGUUGGGAGUCACAGGGUCACGGCAUGGGGUUUGUGCCUUCACCUCUUCAUCCUCCUCUUCAUACAGUCGCUCCUCUUCCUGUUCUCGGAUGGAAGAGACAGAUAUCCUUCCAUUUGCAGACAGAAUGAAGUUUUUUGAGGAGACGAGCAAGGGUGUGCCUGUGUCAGGUGUCUCCAGUCUGUCAGGUCGCAGGCAGAAGAAACCCCCCAACCAUCCGGAGCUCCAAGGAGGGGAGCUCGGUCAGUACCCAACCCAAAGGAGAUACUCAUAUCAAGGAGGACUUCAGCAGGACAGUUCCCUGCUUCCAAACACUGUGGAAGCCAGGAGAAUGUCUGUGAGUACCAGCAGGGAGAGGCAGAAAGAGAGGGAGAGGGAACAAGCCAGAGAGAGGGAAGAGAGGGCAAGAGAACGAGAGAGGGAAGAGAGGCUGAGAGAAAGGGAGAGGGAAAGAAAGGAGAGGGACUUAGAAACAGAGAGGGCAAGGCUGAGGGAGAUUCAGCGGGAGAGGGAACGAGAGGAGAGGGUGAGACAGUGGGAAAGGGAAAGAGACAGGGAACUUGAGUUGGAGAGAGAAAAAGAGAUGGAGCGAGCCAGAGAGAAGGAACGUCUCAACAAAGAAAGAGAGAAAGAGCUGGAGAGAGAAGAUGAUGCUCAGCUCACCUCACAUCAGGAGUUUUAUGGCAUCAAAGAAAGAAAUCAAGACUUCCAACACAACUUCCAGCCAAAGCCUCAGGUGUUCCCCCACAGCCAAACCCAGAAUCAAGUCCCAAGGUCGGCUUUUCAUCCUGUCAACACCUCUGCUCAGCCCCCUGAGAACCAGCAACCUUUUCAUCAAGGAUACACAACGAGGAGCUACACACCUACAGAGACGUAUCCCGCCCGGCAACAGGAAGCGACCAAGCUCAACAGGAACUACAGCCUGACUGAGAGGGACUACUCCAGCUGGAGACGGGAGUCCAGACCUCCAGAGAGCACUAAUCAGUAUCAUCAGCACCAUCAGGGUCGAUGGGUCCACAGACAGGGUGACGUGGGCCACAAUGAUCGCAACGGAUACGCGUUCGCUCCCCCGCCAGCUCCUCUGUCACUCCGAGGACGAGCCAUGUCUGAAAAUGACCUUCGCUUUGACAGCAGCCACCGCUGGUCGCCGUCGAUCUCUGUGGCAACCAGCCAGACCCUGAGCGAGGUGGAGGAAGGAGCGGGUGGCGUCAGGGGAGGAGAAGCUGCCAGCACUGCGCGGCCAAACAGGAAGAAGACGCCGCCUCCACCAAGACCGCCGCCCCCGAAGUGGGAGCAGUUCCACCGCAGGCGUGCCUCUCACCACACCCUGUUCUCCUCCUCUACAUCUCCUCACUCCAUCACUCCCUCCUUCGACACCGCAGAGGGACGCUAUUCCAGUCAAUUGUCCUCAUGUGGCCCUUCAGCUGAAACAUCCAGGCCAAGAUCCUACAGUCUUCCUCCAGAGAGGCAGGAAGUGAUGGAGGGCUGCCCUCGCUGCAGCUGCAGCCAAAAUCAGGAAUAUUUCCACGCCUCAUCCAAUCACAGUCAACCACAAAUGCAGGAACACCCCUUCUCUCAUGCUCCGUCCAAUCAGAGUCAACCACAAAUGCAGGAACACCCCAUCUCCCAUGCUCCAUCCAAUCAGAAUCAGGUUCAAUUGCAGGACCGGGCCUUUACUGUUGCUCCGCCCAGUCCUAUGUUCUCCAGGAGGGCCUUCAGACCAGUGGCUCCGCCCCAGAAAGAGAGGGACCUGAGGGGCUCGUAUGGACAGCAGGAGAGGGUGGAGGCGUCUCUGCCUCCGCCUCCACUGCCACCAAAAGCGAACAGCAUGAGCAGUUUAUCUGAGAUGAGCGUCAGCCCCGACCGGGACAGAGUAAUAGUAAAACCUCACAAACAACAGCCCAACACAAGACCAGGAGUCGAGUGGGAGAGAACCCCAUCUCCCAAACCUCAUAGCGACUCAACCCUGCCACCUGUUCUAGAAAACGGAGGUGUUGGUGGUGUUUUACCUCCUGAAUCCUACUUCUCCAUCGACUACAAGCAGCAGCAGCUUCAUAUGAACAGAGGCUUUCAGAGCAUCGAUCCCCAGAAGAUCCCCGAACCAGGCACAGAAUCAGAGACGACCCUCAGCCCAAGUCCUGUGCACAGCCUGGACGCAGACCUGGACGUCCCCAUGGAAACAGACAUCGAUGAUUUCCAUGAGGAUGUUUCAGCAAUGGACGAGCCGAUCACCAGCGAGCUCCCUUGCUUCGCGCUGCCGGUUAUGGUCCUGGAGACGGACAUUGACAUCUUACCAGAGUCCACCGAGGCCUCGCCGUCGAGCAGGACGAGGGCGGAGAGCAGCUCCUUGGAGGAGGAGCUGGAGACCGGGGAGAGCAGCAGAGAGAGGCUGAGCCUGGAGGAGCUCUUCCCCACGAGCAGUGAGGGAGAGUCGGGCAGAGAGAGCUGGAGAGGGGCCUACCAAAGCACAGAGCACAACACCGACAGCUUGGAUAGGCGGUCCGGUGCGAGCUCCAGCUGCUCGUCCUAUUACAGCACGUCAGCAGCCAAAGCUCAGCUCCUGUCGCAGAUGAAGGACUUCACUGAUAACAGGGAGAGGGACGAGGAUGACGAGCUGACCUACAAGAAACAGCUGAUGGAGAGCCUCCGCAAGAAGCUGGGAGUGCUGAGAGAAGCUCAGAGGGGACUGCAGGAGGACAUCAGAGCCAACUCACAGCUGGGAGAGGAGGUGGAGAGCAUGGUGGUGGCGGUGUGUAAGCCCAACGAGGUGGACAAGUUCCGCAUGUUCAUCGGCGAUCUGGACAAGGUGGUCAGCCUGCUGCUGUCGUUGUCUGGGAGGCUGCUGAGAGUGGACACCACGCUGGAUACACUGGACCCCGAGACGGAGCACCACGAGAGGCUCCCCCUGCUGGAGAAGAAGCGUCAGCUCAUGAGGCAGCUGUCUGAAGCUCAGGACCUGAAGGACCACGUCGACCGCAGAGAGCAGGUCGUUAGCCGGGUGCUGGCCCGCUGCCUCUCCCCUGAGCAGCACAGAGACUACAGCCACUUUGUGAAGAUGAAGGCCGCCCUGCUGGUGGAGCAGAGGCAGCUGGAGGACAAGAUCCGGCUGGGAGAGGAGCAGCUGAGGGGGCUGAGGGAGAGCCUGGGGCUGGGGCUGGGAAUCGGUAUGGGAAUGUCGAUGGGAUAUGGACACUAUUGAGGAAAAAUAAAUGAAGAAAUGAAGAAGCUGGGGCGUGUAGACAUAUUAAGUAAGUUUCAAGACAAAAAGACACAGAAGCAAAAGGAUUGUGACAAAAUGAAGACGUGAUUUAAAAGAAACAGUGUAGAUGUUUAAAGGAGUAGUUUGACAUUUUGGGACUUUCUUGCCACAUGUGAGACAAAAGGUCAACAGCAGUCUCUUGUCUGCCAGCACCUCUUAAACUCACUGUUCAACGCAUUCUAUCUUGUCUUCUGGGGGGGUAAAUGGCUGAAAGUCUUUGUGCUCUGCAAAGCAAAACAUCUCCCAGUUGUAGCUUCAUAUUUAGUGUUGCAAAAUGUCAAACUGUUCCUUUAAGGAUCAGCAGAGGUGUAGAUCCAGAACGUUCCAGAGCCAAACCAACAGCUAUAACAGCUCAAAUACCCUUGAAAGUUUAUCGGUAACACAUAUUGUCGGCCAAGACCAAACAGGAAGUAGGAGCCAGAGGUGUCAACAAGAUGAAAGACUGGACUUUGGUGCUACAGCACAGGAAGAAACGACAAAGGAGAAGAAGAAAAUUGAGCAUGGCCUUGAGGAAACAUCCAACCAGAGACUUGAGACAUCUUAAAAUACAACAAGCACAUAUCAAUAACUCAUCCCCAGAACUGUGAUCAGAGAGCCGAGAGAACGUUGAUGGUCAGAAAAGAGAAUAAAUUGAUUGGGACUUCACUGAAACACAAGUUCGUGAACGGAGAAUGAAAGAAAAGGAUGUUUUUUCCUAAAUUCACCACAUAAAAGAGUGAAACAGGAGCAAGGAUUCAAAUUGAGGUUGUUACGUCACUUGUCAAACAUACUAAGAAAAGAAAAGAAUGUAAAAUAAACACAUUUAGUCUCUGACGUUAUACCCUCUGCUUCACAUACUGUAUGUGCCUGAAACAUGUACUGUAAACUGUACUAACGUCACUACACUUAUUCUAACACUACUUUGCCAAAGACAUUUUCUCUUUGAUGAAUGUGUCACUGAGACGCUGCUUGUUUUUUUGUUGUCUUUUGUAUUUAAAUCUCCCGGUUCAGAGAAUCGAAGGAGACUUUUUUUAUUCGGUGCUUCACACUAAGAAACUGUGUUUCCGUUAGCAACGCUAAAGUCAGCGCUCUGACUUGCAGCAUUAUUAACUGCCAUCGGGAAGUACGCUUCUCUUUUUGUAUUCAUCUUCGUUGCUGGCUGACGCCUGCAUUCAGCAACACGUAAUAUACUGUAUUAUCUCCCGUAGUAUCGUCAUAUCACUUUGUAUUCCCAUUACUGUAACAUGUUUUACUGUGUGGAGUUUGAGACUCCACCGAUUCGUUAUACUGUCACGUGAUAAUUGUACAGUGUUUAUAAUGUAUACGUGUAUAUAGUGAUGUGUUUUUUUUGUUUUUUUUUUUUAAAUGACUGGAAUUGGUUGUAAAAAUUGGUUGUACAAGAGAAGACCAGGAAGAGUUGACGUUUACUGUAUAUUUUGAUGGGGAGGAGUUCGGUUUAUCCCGAAACCAGAGUUGCAGUUUUUGUCGUUAGCUUGCGCAAGCAUUUGGUGUCAUUUUUCAUCCCUUAUUCUGACUCCUGCUAGUCCAAGUUCAUGUUUAAGUCGUAUAUUUAGCAUUUACUGGAGACUGAACACUUGUUUCAUUUGCUUUUUUGUUCAGAGUUAGAUGAGAAGAUUGACCUAACUUUGAUGUUUAUAUGGUCUCUGGCUACGGCCAGCAGCUAGUUAGCUUAGCUUAUCACAAGUACUGCUAACAGGGAAGCAGCUAGCCUUGUUCCGUCCAAAGGCAAUAAAAUCUGCCUUAUAAAUGCACAAAUGAGAUAUAACGUCUUAAUUGGCGAGCUUUAGCGGUACAUUACGAGGUACAUUAGCAGUUUCCUUCUGUUUUCAGUCUUCAUGCUAAGCUAAGCUAACCGACCGCUGGAUUUAGCUUCAUAUUUACCACACAGAUAUGAGAGUGGUGUCAGUUUUCUCAUCUAAAUCCCAACAGGAGAGCAAAUAAAUGUAUUGCCCAAAAUGUCAAACUAUUCAUUUAAAACUUGAGAAUAUUUUUUGUAGUUUAAAGUUCAAAAAUCUUUCUAAUGUCCAAUUUGUGAUUUGUGCUGUUGCCAAAGUCUCCGGAACUUUGACAGGAGAGCCCGUCUGAGUAAAUCAAAUAAAUAAAAAACAAAAACUGCAGCUCCAUUAGAGAUGGGAGGGAUUUGGAAGAUGACACGUGUAUAUUUUGGCUGUUGAAAGGCGGACUCGCUGAAGUUAAAGUGAAAACACAAACACCUGUAUCAGUUUUACUGGUUAAGCAAAUCUACAGCUUGAAGUUUAUUAAAAGUCACAGUUUGACACUUAGUUCUUGCUCCUUUCCUGCUGUUUUAAUACCACACAACUCUGAACUUCACACAUAUGUGUCCUGUUUUGUACAUAUUCCAUGUAUUCUUGUACCAUAACAGCCAAUUUCUAAAUCGACUGGAACCUUAUUGACUUGACAGGAGAGGAAAGUGAGUUGCUUGUUGAGAGUAUAUUUCUUCUGUUCAUGUUUUCCUAUGUAAUUUUGAUUUAUUACAAACCCCUCUUUUGUAAAAUGCAUUACAGAGUUUGUAACUGCAAAAACACUCACGUGAGGAAAAAAAAGUACCAUAAAUAAUAAUAAUAGUAUUUUAAACUAGCUUAACGUCUCCUGUUGUGAUUUAUGUCUGCCCCGGGUGAACAGCCUCUUUGUGCCGCUCCAGUGUCCAGUGCUGAAAUGAAUUCCCUUCUGGGGGGAAACUGUUGUUUGAAUGUGGUGGGACGGUUAAGUAAAUAUGGCCGAGGGCAAAUGGAGGUUGACGGGUGAUAAGUGGAGUGCUGGAGCUGGAGUCGUUCAGCGGACCCUGUGGGAGCUGGAGAGAUGUGCCGAAGAGACUCGUUGAAGGGAAGUUAGUGCUCGGGCUGUGAAAUGAGCUCAUUAAAACAUAUGGAUGAUGCUGUGGUGUGGGGGACCAGUCAGCAGGAGGCCAGGGAGCCAUUUAAACCCUCAAACCAAGGGACUGAAUUAAGUGGAAGUGCUACAGCAAUAAAGAAAAAUGUAAAAAGCUCAGGAAUGCACAU